AUGGCAAACAAUUACUUUGCAAAAAGAAACCAACUCUUUCUUUCCGUUUCAACUGACAGAGACUCUUCUCUAUCAUUCACAACGGAUUCAGAUUCCAUGUUUGAAUUCCAAGAAUCAGACAUUUACAGUUCCAAUCAUGAUAACUCGGUGGAGUUUGGAAAAUCUUUCCAUGGUUCUCGCUCCGUCAAGAAACCGUCUUCAUCAAAGACAAAGGACGCUAGAGGAACUCCAGCGUCCGUGCCGGUUAACGUCCCCGAUUGGUCGAAGAUCCUCGGGGACGAAUACAGAAAUAGUUACGCGAAGAGAAGUGGCGUGGAAGAAGAGGAAGAAGAGGAGGAUGAGAAUGGGUGGUUACCACCGCAUGAGUUUUUGGCUCGGAAGAGAGCGGCUUCUCUGUCAGUACAGGAGGGUGUUGGAAGGACUCUUAAGGGAAGAGAUCUCAGCAGGCUAAGAAAUGCAAUUUGGGCAAAAACUGGCUUCCAAUAA